GUCAGGGGCGUUCUUGGACAGAGCACAAUGAAACCUAGGCCUAGGGCCCCCAUUUUUCAAAGGCCUCCAUUUAAAAAAAAAAUUAUGCAGCUAAUGUUUUUUUAUCACAAUUUACAGUUACAUAAUGAAAAUGUACAAAUGAAAAACAGAAAAAGAUAACAACACAAAAUUAAAAUGGGACCUACGUAAAAUUUAUUCUUUUAACUUUUUUCAUUGACUAUUUUUUAUCUCUGGCUCUCUUCCUCUUUUUCCAUUACUCUUAAGCUUUUAAAAAAAAAAAAAAAAUUAUCCUAAGCUUUAUGUUCUACAAUAAUGUGUAGGCCCCCGUUUUUUUUCUUGCCUAGGGUCUCACGUAUUACAGGGACGGCCCUGGUGAUUGUAAACAGAGGAGAAGAAGCGUUCGAUCUCAUCUUUGUUGACGAUGAUCUCAACCUUUGAUGGCGUCAAAAGCUUCCUCUUGCAAGAUCUGAUGAAACAUGAUGGCGACGGAGGUGGGCGGCGUUUCUGAGGCGGAGGAGGAGGAGUAGUGGCGGUGGAGGGAGGAAUCUUGUGGUCGGAGGAAGUGGGAGUGGUGCAGCCGCCGCUGCUGCCGUCAUCAUCUCUGUUGGUGUUGUUGGAUGGGAUCUUGAUGGGUGAUGGGAACUUCAGCAUGGGCAGAUCUUGUAUUAAAUCAAGAUUCAUUUCUUUAUAGAUAUUUAAAUGGAGUUGUUCUUGAAGGUUUUGUUUUUGUGUUUUGUCGUGUAUACUGAACAAAUCUUCUUAGAGAAGUGGACUUGUAGGUUUCUUGUAUAUAUGUGCUUCUGUCUUUACAUACAUGCUUCUCUUUUAUUUAUGUGUAUAUAUAUCUUAAUAUAUAAUUAGAAAGAUAAGACACGAAAGUAGAAACCACACUACUUUCUCUUCAUUUACUGCUUUUGAGAAAAAAACUAUACCACCUUUCAACCAAAAUAUUAUACUAAUCGAAGUUACACAAUUCUGAAACUUAGUUUAUAAUUUUGUACUUUAUAUUUUAUUUUGAUCGCUACAAAAAAAUCUACAAUAGUCUAAACACCAAUUGUGGUUGAAACUUCUUUUGUAAAUUUAGAAAAAAAAUUAUAACUUGGCAUCAUUCUUUUUUCAACUUAGCCAUUUAAACGUAUACACCAUAUAUGCAAUAUUAUGUAUUACUUUUAGAAAGAAAAAUGUAAAAAUAAAUCAAAUUUUACUAAUGCGAAUAGAUUAUCCUGCAUAUUUGUUAAAGUAGUAACAUGCAUAUGUUUGGAAAACAAUCAAGCAGGAACAUGCACAAUAGUAGGGCCCUUUCUUAAAAAAAUGCACAAUAGUACAUCUACUAUUUAGUUUAUAAUAUAUAUAAUUUGAUUAAUAGGUAUUAUAUAAAAAUUAGGUAUAUUUAAAAGGAUUCAAAAUUUGAUUAAUAAAUAUUAUAUACAAAUUAGGUAUAUUUAAAAGGAUUCAAAUUUCAGACCAAAGUUUUUGAUAAACGUAGAGGUUGGUUAGAAUUUAUGUGGUGUACCGCUAAAGAAACUAGAGACAUGUCAUGUGUUUAGACUUUAGACUUUUUGUACAUGCAUUAGUAAUUUACGCAUGCAAUUUUAUUUAAAAUAUAUUUGUUAAUAUAUUAUUUAUUAGGUGUAUUUAUAGUAAGAUCUGUUAUAUAAUUGCAAUCGGUUUAAUUUUUAUUUUAUUUUUUUAUCAUUUAAGAUCCAUUACGAGAGGAACUAGCCUUAUUCAUUUAUUAAUUAAGAUUCCAUUGCAUCUUUGUACGUAUGAUUCUUGUUGAUUAAUAUCUACAAUGGAUCCGCACGACAUGACACGUUAGAAUUAAUCAUGGGUUGUAUAUAUGCCUUACAAUAGACUCCUGAUGCCAAAUAUAUAAACCUAUUCAUAAUUAAAUAUUUUUAAGUUAUUUAAAACUAUUUAGCAAAAAAAAAAACAAAAUUUACUUAAAACUAAAAGUCAGCAUACUCAGACAUGAUGUAUAAGUGUUGAUUACAUAAGGUAAUUACGUUUACGUAUUAUUGUGCAGAGAAUCUAUCAUCUAAAGAUAUAUGCCACAUGUUUACUUUAAGAGGAUGCAUGUGGUGUGAUGUAGGGUAGAUCUGUGAAAGUGACUGGUAAUAUCAGACGAUGAAACCCAAAACAAAGGUACAUAAGAAGAAACGAUCCUCUGAAUCAUUCCCAAUAUCUGAAUCUCACUGUCUUUUUUUCUUUCCAUUUUCUACUUAGAUUUUUAACACAAUAGAGUUACUUUUUUUUAACUUUUUUCCUUUGGGACGUUUUUCCUAUUUUAAAUUUUCCUUCUGAACUACUUUAGUUGUUGACAACAAUAAAACUUUUCUGUUGAUAUUGGAGAGUUCAUGCCUUUCAAGCUCUAUUUGUUUGUUGAAGAUUUGGUAUUACUUAUUUAGCUAAUAUAUAUGAUCAAUAGAUUAAUCUUAUUUUAUAUAUACGAUGAUGUGUAAAGGAAUUUUAGUAACAGACACAUUAGUCUAACUGCUAAACUUAAAACUGAGUGUCGGUUUCAUAAGAAUAAUGUGAUAUUUGAAAAGAGAUGCAAGGAUUUUGUUCUGGUUUCAGUUGUUUUUUUAUUAAGUUCUGGUUUCAGUUUUAUGCGAGUAGAUCAAUGAAUACCUACUUAGAACUACUCGAUACAAUUAUACAAACAAAGAAUCAACGCAUGAAAUUAUCUAAAUGAUAUUACAUAUUACAUUUACUUGGUUGACAUAUAUGAAUACAGUUCAUUACGUGGCUUAGUUAAAGUAUUAUUUGUUUUUUUAACUAAGUAUUAGUAUUUGUUUUUUUUUUAAUAUCUUGUUUGUUGUAAAGUACGGUGGAGACAAGGGAAUGAAUGAUCGAGAUUAUUAAUCGGUAUAAUCAUGACAAUCACUAUAGCUAAGAUCCACAAUAUUUAUAAAAUUAUUAUAAAUUAUUUGUAUUCAAGUUUUAGGUUCUUCAUCUUUACUAUAUAAAUGUAUCUCCUCUUCCUAAUAGCAAAUAUAUAAAUAUGGGAUAUUACAAAAAAAUUGUAAAAUGAUAUUACAAAAAAUUUCUACAGGGGAAACAAGUAAAACGUAACGUGCAUGUUUGUCCUUAUAUAAUACUAUCAAACUAGUUUCCAAAGUUCUAUUUUAAAUACUUAAAGUUAUUUGUUAUUAAAUAAAAAAAAAGUUAUUAAUUUUCGAAUGACACGAAGUAGAUAACGAUCAUGAAAAGGUCCUCUAUUGGAUGUUUAUGUUGCAUAAAUGUCCGAUUGUCUUUUUAACAAUGGUAUCAAGUAUCCAAAACAUAUAUAUGCAUAUAUAUACAGCAAAAAUAAAAUACAUAUACAGAACUAACAUCGAAAAAGGAAUCCAAAAGUAUUAGUUAUAUAAAAUGAGAAAAUAUAUAUGGUAAUUAAGAAUGUAACAUAUAAAUUGUAAUAAAAUACUUUAUACGAUUAUUUUUUUGAUUAUUAUGGAAGUUCCGGACAUCAAUUUCUCAUAUUUAUUCUAUUCAAUGAUAUUAAGUUACUGGAGAGUAGAUGAUAUAACCAAUUAACCAUAGGCCAUAUAACUUAAUAACUGGUAAAAUUAGUUUGCUAAUUAAAUAGUAAAAAUUUGUUUCAAAAAAAAAAAGUUUGUUGGAGAAUUAUAAAGUAUCGGGACCAUUUAUAUACUAUUAUACCAAACUUUUCUUGAUUCUGCUCGAUUGUCCCCAUACCAAUUAAUUUUAUGAAUUCGUUAAAUUCACUGUUUUCCGAUUGAUACAGUUCACAAUUAAAUAAAUGCUCAACUCAUUAGGUCAGUUAUCGAUGUAGACAUGAAGAAAAGGAAGCUUUGCACGUUUUAGCUUUCCAAAAGUUAUGUAGGAUUUAAUUAUGCAUGGUCCCUCCUUGUUUAGUAGAUGGCCGAAAAAGGGUUUGUUAAAGGGUCGAUUGAGUCCAAACUCGCAUGUGAAUUGGUCUGUCUUCAAAUACUUUUGUCUAAAGUAUUGAGAUAUUGAUAAAUCGGGUACUAAAACUAGCUUUUGUAAUGAUUUUUCUUCUUCUUCGUUUUAUAUAUGUCGAGGGGUUCUACUUGAUUCUCAAUGCAAAUCAAACACGAGGUGGUGAAUCUGCAUCAAGACGGUUGUUAGCAUUGUUGGUCUUGAGUCAUGUCAUCUACAACAUAUGUGGUUGUAAUUUCAUUUUUGAAUAGUGGAACUCCAUUGUUUUAUCUCGUGUAUGAUCUCAAAAUUAUUGAAAGAUUCUCUGGUUCGAUAGUGUCCAGUCCACAAGCCCUGUCCGGAGAAUAGACAAACAAACCGACCGCUUAAUAGUACAUUACAAUUUUAUUUGAUAAUUUUAGCUGUAUAUAGGCUCCAACUAGAGUGAAACGGAAGAUUAACUAUGUCAAUAAUUACAAAGUAACCGUGAGCACCUACCGCCAAGUUCAAGCAUGAUGUACCAGCAGACUCCUUGGCACAUCUAGAAAGUAAUGUAGCUUCAAUUCCAUACUGACAUAAACAAGGAGCAACAUCUAACUGAAACACAUGGCAAUUGCCCAUGAGCAUGCAAUGGACAUGGCCCAUGUUGGAAGCCCAUGUUUGAACAAAUGUAGUUUAUCAUUUACUAUCAUUCAUCAUUUAUCAAAUGUUAGAUUGUUAUCAACUACCAUUCACUAAUGUAUAACGCAAAUCAAAGCUCAAAUAAAUGCAAUGUCUGCAAUUGUAUUCAAUGUAGCAGACAUUUAUUUAUUUUAUGAAAUGCGGCAUAUAUUAUGGUUACAUGCAAUCUAUGUAAAUGGAUUAAACGUGGAAUAUAUUGAUCCGAUGUCUUUUCAUCGAACAGUAAAUCGAAAUCAUAAAAAGUACAUGCUCGUCGUCAUCGACACCCUUCGUCCUCCUUAUACUGUACCUUUGUCAAAUCGUUUAUGCUUUGGGGUCCCUUAUACAAGAGCUCUCACAUAUAAGCACAUGAUAAUAUACUGUUUACCUUGUCCUUUUCUUUAGAUUUUGGCUAUGAAUGUAUAGUGCGGUUGACAUGCGGGACGGACUGGACCGCAAUUAAGGUUACCAUUCAACACAAAUAUUUAGAUGUGUUUAAGCUGAAAAUUAAAUAAUAUAAAAAUCAACUGAAACGCAGGCGGUUCGCAUUACGUAAGAAAAUCAGUGGAACGCCAUGCAAACUUUAAUCACAGCAAAUGAGAUGUGUUUCAACGUGCGGUUCUUUAUUGAUUGUUUUUCAUCAAUAAUAAAAUAUUUCUAAAAUUUUACAUAUUAACACAUUAUUUAGAGCACAUUAAUCUGUAUUCAAAAAUAUAGUGUGGUUAAGAGGUUAUAUUAUUGUAAAUAAAUUAUUUUUAUUCUAUACAUUUAUCUACUAUAUCUUUAUAUUAUCUUUACUUAUUUACUUAAUUUUAUUUUGUCUAUAUAAUUAUAAAUAUGUUUCACUCAAUUACAUCAAUACUACUUUUCGGUUCAGUUUCAGUUGGUUCUUUCGUUUCUUCGGUUCUAGAGCUUUAGGAUCCGUUUGGUAUUUAGAAAGUUUGGUUCGGUUUCAGUUCGGUUUGGAUAACAAAGUUGAGAAUCUGCUUAUAUCCAAAGUCAUUAUUAAACAUCAAAAUCAUAUAAAAAUUCAAAAUAACAAAAACCGAGUACUUAAAUAUUAAAUAGUUUAACAAAAAUAAAAAUCAUAACAACAAAUCAUAACUAAUUGGAAAGUUUUAGCGUUUCCAAAACAGAAACGCGAGUUUCCACAAUAGAAACGCAAGUUUCCACUAAGUUUCCAAACUGAGAUUUUUAAGAAACGAGUUUCCAAUGCGUUUCUGCGAGUUUCCGAAAGAUUCCGAUUCUGAAACGUUUCCGAAACAUGAAACAUACCUUCAACCGAAUUUCCAUGCAACAUAGAUUAGAUUAUUAUAAAAACAAAUAUAGUUAAUAUUUAUCAAUAUAUAAACUAUAUUAUAGAAAUUCACAUACCUAUUCGGAUCUCGAUUCAAUUAUGGUUCAGUUUUUCGUUCGGUUCUAGCUUUUCGGUUCUAAAGAUAUAUGAUCCACUAGUAUAAAUGAUAGGAUCAAAACCCAAAUCCAAACCAAACUUCAUUUUUCGGUUUGGUUCAUUUUGGUUCUGGAUAAAUGUGUCCAUGCCUAGCUAAAGUUUUGAAUACAAUAUUUUAGAUGAGGUAUAUGUGAAUCUGAUUUGUAAAGUUCUCCAAUAUAUAAUUUAUUUUAUAAAUUAAAUAAAAUUUCAGUAAUAGCAUAGUAAAUUUCAUAUUUGAGAUAUAUAAACUAAUUUAUAAAUAAAUUUUAUAUUUUAAAAUAUUAUAUUAGUAUCAUUGCUUUUUUAAAAUAUAUUAUAUGUAUCCCGCCGUUAUACUAUUUAUUAUACAUGUUACCAUUCAUACUAUUUUUUGAACCGCUUAUUUUACACAAACCGCAGUUGUUCCGCAGCAUGCGUUUCUCUUGAACAAACCGCAGUUAAACCGCAUUUUGUAGUUACAAGGACAUCAUUAUUGGUAAAAAGGUCAUGAGAAUAUCUUCACUGCUGUAUUAACAAUAUUUUUAAUUUUGUUUAAAUUUUGACAGAGAUUUGUAAAAAAAAUUAUCUAAAAAAAUAUUCAAACCAAAUACCAUCAAAUAGCACUAAAACAUGUAUUUUCUAAAAUAACACAGAAAAUCUCCUAGACAACAUUCAUUAAAAGAUAUAUAUCUAUUUAUAACUAUAUAAUUAAUUAAAUAUAUUAAAAUUAAAUUUUGAAUUAUUUUUCUUAAUUAUUUAAAUACGAUAAUUGUAUAUUUAUAUUUGAAUUUAAAUUUAGGUCUGGAGUUUUAGAUUAUGGUUAAGGAUUUAGCAUUUAAGGAUCAAUGUAGGAUUUUGAUUAAUAAUGUAGGGUAAUUUAGUUUUUUUUAUCAGUUAAUGAAUGUUAUUUUAAGAAGAAACUAGAGUUUGAACCCACACGUCUGUGCAUAUAUCUACUCUAUUAAAAAAUAAGUACCAUUUUUAUCUAUCAUAAAAAAGUCAUACUAACCUUAUUAGAUCCAUUUCAUUAAUUACAUUUAUUUAGUUAUGUACAUUAAUCUAUUAAAUAUAUAAGGAUAUUAAUAAUAAAUCAAUUUUAACUGUAAAUUUAAAUUUUAUCUUUAGUUAUAACAAAAUGUUGAGAAAAAAUCUAACAAAAUCUUUUUAAAAUACCAUUGAUUAAUUUCAUAAUUAAUAAUAUAUACUAUUAUACAUUAAUUUAAAUAAGAUUUUAUUAUAAAACAAAAUAAAAUAAAAGUGUAUGAUAUUUUUCAAAUUUUAUAAUUAUAUUCUAUAUCUUCUUUAUUAAAAGAAAUACCAUAAAAAUUUCAUACUAGGUCUAUUUCAUCAAUUGCAUCUAUUUGAUUAUUUACGUUAAUACUCCCUCCGUUUCAUAAUAGAUGAAGUUUUAGUACUUUGCACACAUAUUACGAAAUUAUCUUUUCUAAACAUAAAAUCAUUAAAAUAUAAUUUUAAACUAAUUUAUUUAAUUAUAAACAAAAAAUAAUAAAAACACAAUUGGCUACACAGUUUUUGAUAAAGUUAAAGUUACCUAGAUAUGUGAAAACAUCAUCUAUUGUGAAACAAAAACAAUCACCUAAAACAUCAUCUAUA